AUCGCAACUAGGCAACACGAUGAUGCCUGGCCUAGCGCUUCUACAAUAUAGUUAAAGUGAUACAUUGGUGUGCAACUUGCUGAGAAGCGGUAAUUCAAUCUGAUGGGGUAUAUAUAGCUGCUGGGUAGCCUUAAGCGUUUGCAAAACAACAUGGCACGCACCCUACAGUUUCACAACAAGCCACUCAUACCACAGGCAAUCUUGCCCAAUUACCCAGGCCUUGGCCUUCCAGUUCGCUACGUUACCGAGCAACGCUAUGGUUUUUACCCGAUAGGCGCCCACGAAUACGGCCGUGGCGCCAUGUCGGACGUGAUCCCUGUGCGUGAGCUCGCGAUGAUGGAUAUCAUGGAAAAGUUAACCGACAAAGAAGACUGGCACAGCAAGGUGGUUAAUGAAGAGAUUGUGGCAAGGUGGCGCAAAGAAGCGCUUGCGAUUCCUGACGAACAGCUUUGGGACCUGGCGAUCAGCGGAAAGAGGCAGUAUUGGGACAACAACGACGGCGGAUGGCUGCCUGACGAGGAAGAUUAUGAUGGUAUCGUACCCCCGGAAGGUAUCAUGAAUAAGGUCACGUUUGACUGUUGUGUCGAGGAACUUCGCAGCAAAGCCAAAUACUUUGAAGAGACUGGCAUUGUUCCCACUCUCGAUGCGUGCGCAUCAGUGGCCAAGUCCGACAAACUCGUAUCUGCAGAGCUGCAUGACGCUCUCCGCAACGCCUUCGAUAAGCUCAAGACCGACCAAGAAACUUCGCCGGACUGGCAUCCCAACUCGAACGAUAUGGUUCAGGAUCUGGUUCACCCGUCUAUGUAUCCUUUAGUCUAUGGACGAAGUCUUGGCUUUUAUCGGGAGUGUGUCGGCGUAGGGAAUGCCAUCGAUCAAUGGGCGGGUACGGGUGAUGUGGCUCCUGGAGACGAUGUGAUAGGGGGUGAUGCGCGACGCCACGAUGGGCAAGUUUCAGCCAAUUGCUGGUCCGAUACGUAUCAAUGGCUGCCAGCGAACGUCGUCUUUCAAAGGGACGGCAAUGUGAAAUUUACUAGCUACAUCAACAACUUACAUCCCGCCAAGUACCCGGACAUCUAUCGCACGAUUGAGAAGUUGGUCAAAUUGUCUCUGCCCAUGUGGGACCAAUGCCUCGCAAUAGUUACAGACUAUGAUCAGAAAGACGGCGCCGGGCGCACUGCGCCUCGGUUUGGCAAGCCAGAUAACCCCGAUGACGAAAAUGGCGACAAUUGGUUAAACACUGCCGAGGACUGCGCACGCGAAGAAGUCACCGAAGAGAAGCUUCAUGAGCUACGCUACCGUCCUGAAUAUUCCGACCUCAGCCGGAUCAAGUGGGAGCUCUUUCGCAAGCCUAAAAUCCCCGAGCCCUCCUUCAAAAAUAUCGAAUACGCACCAGAAGAGGGAAAGCGUCUCGCCGACUAUUUCUAUGACUCAGGCCUUCAAAUCAUAGUGAAGAUGGCAUCCAUUGAGCUUACCCCCGAGAAACCAGAGUUCCCGAUCGGUGGAUGGCACGUGGAAGGACAGAUGAAUGAACACAUCUGCGCUACUGCACUGUACUACCUUGACAGCGAAAAUAUCACAAACAGCAGCCUUUCCUUCCGCAUGCAGACUUCUAUGUACAUGAACGACGAUAAGGCAUACAAUGUUGGGCAAGAUGCAUACCACUGGAUGGAAAGGAUCUAUGGCACGUCGCUUGGCUGCAACACACCAUGCCUGCAAAAUUACGGUAGUGUAGAGACACGCCAAGGACGCCUGCUCGCGUUCCCCAACGUCUUCCAACAUCGCGUCUCACCCUUCCGUCUUAUCGACCCCACCAAGCCUGGCCACCGCCGCUUCAUCGCUCUCUGGCUUGUCGAUCCAACCCAGCGGAUCAUCUCGACCGCCAAUAUCCCACCACAGCAAAUGACAUGGUAUGCUGACUCACUUCUCGGUUCCACCCCCUCAGCCCGAAUCGCAGCUCUAUCCAUACUCCCACCCGAGCUAGUCGCCCUAUUAGUGCAGCACGGGCUUAACAGAGCUGAGGCUAGUGAGAAUUGUAGGUUACCGGCGGAGCUUAUGGACAUGGUAAAAGAGUAUUUCGAGCAGGGACAAAAUGGGCUUCCUAUGAGCGUCGAGGAGGCAAUGGAGCAUAGGACGAAGUUGAUGCAGGAGCGGGGUGCGUUUCAUAGGACGGCUGAAGGGAGGUGGCAAGAGCAGUCGUACAAUUUCUGCGAGCAUUGAUAUUGUGAUUUAACAGAUGAUGACUAAAGUAGAAAAUAUCUUGAAUUAUGAUGCUGAGCUUGCAUGUUCUGCGCU